GUGACGUCACGUUAGAGCAGCCGCAGCGUUGAAAAAGCUCAGUCCUUCAUCCUGAGCUCUCAUCAUCGUCAUGAUGUUCAGCCCCUCCUCUCCAGGUUUGUGGCUGAAGGUGACGUGAGUCACUCGGAUCACCUUCCAGGUAGCCUCGUCACCUGCUUCUCAUUCUGCUGCUUCGUCACGGUGACGUCAGCACGCAGGACGUGAGGGGGCUUUAAAGGAGGAGGGGGGGCCGGGAUUCCUGAGGAUUACCCGUCAUGCCCCGCGGGUAAAGAUGGCGACAGCUGAGCAGGGCAGCGGAUCAACUUUCUUGGAGCGGCUCUGAGCGGAUUUCCUUCCGCGGACGGAGCGUCUUAGCCGGCCUCAACCCGACCCACUGCCCGGAGCUCCAGCGCGGACCUCGGCGCUGCUGUCCGGCCUCGGAUCAGUCCGGAGCCCCCUCCCUUGGCUCUCCUGCUCCUCCGGAGGAGCGGAGCGGAGCUCGGACAAAGUUUUCUCUCCUCCCCGGGACCGAGCGGCGCGGACGGGGCCUCAGGUACUUUCAGGCAGCGUGAGCGUUGCACGCCGGCAGGAGGAGGAUCUGUGUGUGCGGACAUACAAGGCUGGAUCGUCCUGUGGAUGACCUCCUCUCGGGACUCGCUCAUCCUUCAGGACUGACAGACCGACACGAAGUUACACAGGAAGGAAGCACGGCCUAGGAUGGCGAGUGCGGCGCCGGCCAGGAAGCCGUACCGUAAGGCUCCACCGCAGCACCGCGAGUCACGCCACGCCCUGCCCACUGCUCCGCCGCCACCUGCACCGCAGCCCGACAUCAAUCAGGAGGCGUUGUCGGACUCGGACAGGAUCAGAAUCCUUCAGCAGCAGAAUGAGGACCUGCGGCGCCGCCUCUCUCUCACCACCCACAAGAUGGAGGCCAUGGAGGCGGAGUUUGACAGCAACCGCCACUACAUGGAGGCGGAGCUUAGCCGGACUCGAGACGACCUGGACAAGAUGAGAGACAAGUUCCGCAGACUCCAGAACAGUUACACAGCGUCUCAGAGAGCCAAUCAGGAUCUGGAGGAGAAACUUCACGCUCUGGCUGCUGUCAGUCAGACAUGGGUUCAUGCACUGCGGAAGGUGGAGAGGGACAAGAAGACGAUGGACCAGGAGAUCGUGCAGCUCACCAACAAACUGCUGGAGGCUAAAAACACAAUCGACCAUCUGGAGGAGCUCAACGAGCGCUACAGGCAGGACUGUAAUUUGGCCGUUCAGCUGCUCAAGUGCAACAAGUCGCACUUCAGGAACCACAAAUUUGCUGAUCUGCCCUCAGAGCUUCAGGACAUGCUGAACAAACACAUGAAGAGCAGUCUCCCAGAGCGAGGCCCCGCCCCCAGCUCUCAGGACCCAGACACGCUCAGUUUGACGCCCGCCGACGUCGUGCCGACCUCGGUCAUCGCCCGUGUCCUAGAGAAACCCGAGCCGCUGGUCCUGAACUCUGCCCAGUCCAGCAGCUGCGGCCGGCCCGUCGCCGAAGACGUCUUCGUGCACGUGGACAUGACGGGCCCCGGGGGGUCAGAGGGGCGAGGCCGGGAGAACGGUGCCGGUCAGGAGGCGUCGCAGCAGAACGGCUCGUGUCGCAGUCAAAGCAGCUUGGAUGAAGAGGCAGGUGGAGCUCCAUCUUUCGAGAAGCUGAACCCGUACCCGGCGCCACCUCCACCCCACCCCCUCUACCCCGGGCGCAAGGUCAUCGAGUUCUCGUCGGACGACAAAGUGAAGAUCCCGAAAAACUCGCCGCUGCCCAACUGCACAUACGCCACGAGGCAGGCCAUCUCGCUGAGCCUCGUGCAGAAUGACGACGAGCGGUUGGCACCUGGCAGCCCCGCCCCCUCCUCCUCCUCUGGAGCCCAACAGCGCACGCCACCAUCACAGAGAGACGCCCCCAGCGAGCCGCUGUCCAGCCAGUCCAGCCCAUUCAGCAGCCCGCCUCAGGCACCCAGUGUCCUCGCGAGCUCUGGCAGCUCUGAGGAAGACCUGCUCGCCAACUGGCAGCGGAUGUUCGUGGAGAAGAUGGCGCCGUCCAGCGACGGCACGCUGCUGCACCGCACGUCCUUCAGUAGCCAGACGGCUCAGGAGCUGCAGAGGAGGAGGCAGGUGGCGGUGGGAGUGGCCUCCUCCUCAGACCGGCACAGGGCGGCGUACUCUGACGGUGAGGAAGGCUCAUCGGCACGCAGCUGGACACCGAGCCGCGGCUCCAGCCUUGACACAGACACCGACACCGAGCAGCGGGUGGGGAGGCGGGGCUGUUACGGCGGCAGGGACUGUUCGGAGGAGGAGGAGGGAGAGCAGCUGCUGAUGAACCUGGAUGAUGACGGCGGGAGCGGGGACACUGCAGUCACCGUGGUGACCAGCCCCGGUGACGCCCGCAGGGAGCUGGAGGAGGAGGGCGAGAGCUCAGGGGAGGAGAGAGACAUCCUGCCCCACGAACUGCCCGUCAUCUCAACCCGUCUAAUGGACUUGGACCCCGCCCUUGGCGCCAUCGCGCUGCAUCGGCCCCAGAAGAGCCCGAAGAGGAUGGGAGUGCACCACCUGCACCGGAAAGACAGCCUGACCCGCGCCCAGGAGCAAGGCACACUGCUGGACUGAUGCUUGCUCGCCCCGCACUGUGCUCCACUGACCUGAUGCUGAGGUCAGAGGUCACACCCAUCCAGGAUAUAGCCAUACUCUACCGUAUGCCGAGCUCGCCGCCCGACCCGGGUGUGUGCGUGAGACACGAAUCACUGUCCACAUACUUUUGGUCUGAUGACGUGUCGAGAGUGGUGAUGAUGUAGCAGAGAGGAGACAUGGCCAGAAGUAUGUGGACACGUCAAUCGUAACACUUGGCAAACCGUGUGCACGUGUGCGGGCGUCGUUCACUAACAAUGCGUCCACACAAAUCUGUGAUUUCUGUUUUUGUACCUGAAUCCGUACGCGCAGUCAGAGAACGCUGCAGCGUCCACGUCACAUAUUCAGCACUCCCAUUAGCCUGACCGUCACUUGGUUUGUUUACGUUUGAACCGUGGUCGCUCCCGUGGAAACACUGUGGAAAGAUCCGCCUCUUCUGGCCUCCUUGGACACUAUUAUUCAAGUUUCCUUUUCUUCGCCUUAGACACGUAAGCGUGUGUCCUUGGAUAGAGAAAUGGGGGCGGGGCCAUAUGUGGAUAGUAUGCUAAUUAUAUUGCAAUUGCGCAGGGCUGGUUAACGGAUUAACGGCCGGUACACAUGUGAAUCCAGCUGUAAUAUGGCGCCGUUUAAGAACGUUUCCACGCAAAUAUUGGUGAAUGAGGCCAAUAGAGUUCUGAUCAGCUGAUUAUCAAUCAAUCAUCAGAUAAUGUCCAUCCGUAUGUGGACAGCCUAAACCGAAGUUUGACGUUUCUGUGAAUUUGGAAAAGAAAUACUUUUGACUGGUUGGUUCUCCACGAAGGUGUCCGCAUAUUUAUGUCCAUAUGGCGUCUUUGAUUAUGAGUCUGCAUAUAGAGUUUAUACAGUAUGAGCAAAAGUAUGUGGACAAUUAAAGGUUCAGUUAAAUUCUGAACAAUCAACAUUCAAAACCACGUCGUGUGUGUGUGUGUGUGUGUCAGAGCAGAAAAACAGAUUUUAA